UUUACGAAUGACGAAAGGGUUUUCGUUUAAAUUAAAAACAAGUUCAUGUCAUGUCACAUCUGUGUUUCUGAUGAUUUUGUAGUAUAUAUUGGAAUCUUCUAAAAUAGCAUAAUUAUGCCAAGAUACGAAAAACAUUUUCAUAUAAGAUUUCUACGAACUGGCGUCUCUAACAGCUUUAAGAAUAGUUUUAAAAAUAAGAGUUGUAAAUAAAACUCUAGUGCACCACGAUUGCGCGUCUUAUGAAAAGUUGUAGCCACCAAUAUGUAAAAAUACAGAAAACAUUUAAUUCAAUAACGGUUGUUUGUUAACUUUAUGCAGACUUUAGUAGUUGAACACUAAUAUCUUUCACUAUCGUGAUAACAUUCUGAUAAUAAAUUGAUUAGGAGCAUAAAUACUCAUUUAUUCGUUCGCCCUCAAUGGUAGGUACAUAAUAAUCACGUUAUUGUUGUAAUUAUUUAACUGCGGAGCUAAAUAGAAACAUAAAUAAGAAUAAAAAUGUAUAAAUUUACUGUGAAAGUUACGGUUACUGGAUCUUAUUUAUCUUAACGGUCGUUGCUAAUUAUUAUCAUUCUAUGAAGUCUUACAGGAUUUUCAUUUGAUUAUGUGACAAUUUCUAUUAAAUCCGUUUCGUCUUAUCAUGGAGAUGAUUCACAGUUAAACGGAAUUGUACUGCAAUCAGCUUUCUGCAAACUAUCCGCUGACCCCCGCCCUGCGACCUGACCGAUGGCUCAGAUAAUUUCAUCAAAACAAAGUUAUUCCUGCGCCAAUCGCAACUCACAACACUAUGCGGUACCCCGAUAAACUGUAUCGGAACAGGUGUCCUACUUAUCGCCUGUCUCUUUCACUUGACCUACAUACCAUCAGGGCACAAAAUUACUAAAAACAUCUGGACGUUUUGGAUGGAACAACGCAACAAAAUAAAAAAACGCUGCGACUCCCAAUAAAAUCCAAUGCACACUGUGCUCAUAAGCUCGCGUAUUUUACGGCGGAUUAUAAAAAGCAGCUCUGAAGCUUUUAAUACGAACACAACACGCAUGCGCGCAACUCGCACAUGCGCACCCGAAACGUCACGUCUAUUUCAGUAAAGCUUACGUGCUGCGCCUCACAGAUCGCUUCCAACGUUUACACACCCAACAAAACAAUAUAAAAAUCACCAUUUCUCAACCAAAACUAACGCGCUACCAAACAUAACUCGGUUCGGGAUAUUCUUUAAACCAAAACAAGUGAAACGCGUAACAAAAUUGUGCGUUCGAGACGAAAUGCGGCAAUGCGGCAAACAAUCGAUGCAACCAGUAUUCCCUGAUGCCAAAUCCUCGAAUAUUUAGUGUCAAAUUUAAAAAUGGAGCCUUUAAUAGAUAGGAAUAACUUCGCCAUCAGCGCGAUGGUGACGGUAGCUAUGCAGAUCCUGUUCUUCACUAUAGCAUCUCUGUUCCAAAGUGAUAAAGUGACUGACUUCACUGGCGGCGCCAACUUCAUCAUCAUCGCUCUCCUCACCUUCUUCCUCGGCCAAGGAGGCAGCCACCUGAAGAGCUACGACAGCAGGCAGCUCAUGGUGACAGCUUUCGUCUGUGUCUGGGGCUUGCGAUUGUCCGGGUACCUAAUUUACAGAAUCUACCACAUAGGCAGAGAUAAGCAGUUCGAAGAUCGCAAAAGCAAUACAUUGAGAUUCGCUGUUUUCUAUACGUUUCAAGCCAUAUGGGUGUACGUAGUCAGUCUGCCUGUCAUCAUAAUCAAUUCUCCGCACCACUCGUUCCCCAAGUCGCCCAAAACUAUGACUACUUUAGAUUCAGCUGGCGCAGGAGUCUUUGUCAUUGGCUUGCUGAUAGAAACAUACGCGGACCUCCAGAAGUUCGCAUUCAGACAGGAACCAGCGAAUCAAGGCAAAUGGUGCAAUGACGGGCUCUGGGGAUUGUCAAGACACCCGAAUUACUUCGGCGAAGUCGUACUGUGGUGGGGAAUUUUUAUACUAUCUUUAAACGUUAUCGAAGGCGUCGAAUGGGUAGCAAUAAUGUCGCCUUUAUUUACGACGGCUAUCAUAUUGUUCUUAUCUGGCAUACCUUUGCUGGAACGAUCGGCGGACGAAAAAUACAGAGAUAACCCAGAUUAUCUUUAUUAUAAGGCGUCCACGUCACCUUUGAUUCCGAUUCCGCCGGCUAUAUACGUGGAGGUGCCGAGGUUUUUGAAGUGCGUGAUGUGUUGCGAGUUCCCCAUUUACGACUCCACUGGGGAGGACUUCCCGGCGCCCACCAUCGUCACUGAGACGACGAGCGUGUCGAUGGUGCAGUCCCAGACAUAGCUAACAGGCGCCGCGCGCGACAACUGCGCGGCUAAGAUCGAAACGACAGCCCAUAAGAACCCACCAGCCAACAAACAAUUGUGAUACACAGCCGAGGAAAGACCUCUAAAGAAAUUGCCAAACUCCUUGCCACUUAAACAAAGCAACACUGUAGAUAUGAACUUUUACAACACGUAUAUGGAAAACCUAAGAAAGAGUAAAAGAGUAGCAUUGGAUCUGUUAGAGGAUACUAAAGAUAUUUACGAUGGCAUUUCAAUUGAAAGCCCAUCGGAACCUGUUAGAAAAAGUAGUCAUAGUAAUGUAGACGUAGAAGCCGGCCCGAGUACUAGUAAGGAUAAAACGAAGCGGCCUACAGAAUUUGUUAAGUAUGGGAAGAUAACUUUUAAUACUACUGCUAUUCUGCAUCACUAUCCACAGAUCUCUAAGAACUGCAGUGAGACAAGCAAAUCUUCUGCAGCUCCUAAGAAAUCUGAUUUGAAUCUUCCUAAAGAAUCUCAGACUGACAAUAACAAUGAGGAUAAUGAUGAUGAAAUUAAACCUGUCGUGACUGAUAAGAAAGACAAAGAUAACUUUAACAACAAUGAAACAGUAGUUAAGUCUAACUGUGUGGUUAAAGCGGACAAUACGAUUGAGGUGUUGAAGAAGCCAGUGAAGUUUACUGAGGAAAAGCUUGUAUGAGGUUGGGAGAUACGAUUUUUUUCAAUGCACUUUCUUAUACGAAGACUUUGGCAUCAAACCAGAUGGCGUGCCAGAGGGAAAAGAAACAUAUCGCAAAUUGAAAUGUUGUAAAUAGGACAAAAGACUGGAGAAGUUAGAUAA